AUGGCGGAAAACCCUCAAGCCAAUAAUCCAGCUCCUCCAGGAGAAUUUGAUCCCUUACAAGUGGGGCACAGGCCGACAAAGCAGGCAAGACUUGAAACUGUUUAUAAUACAUUUGUUAUCCUGGCUCCCUCAUCCCACUCACUGCUCAUUACAACCAUGACUGAGAAGAGAUCUCGAAGCUCCUCUAGAGAGCCCCCUCAGAAACAGAGAGACUCUUUCACUCAAGGAUCCAAGAGAAAGAAAAGAGAGAGCCAAGGUUCAGUUGGGCCCAGAAGUGGACGGGACAAAGGAGUAGAGAAAAAUGAUACCAAGGUUUCAGCCGUGGUGGAUGUGGAUAAUGUGGUGGCUUCCGAUGAGGAGACUGAAGUAAUGGCAUUACUGGAGAGUGGCCACAAGGAUGAGGGUGUGAAGUCUGCAGGCAUUAGGAUAUGUGAGAAUCUACUAAUUUUCUGCUGUCUCCUAGUCAUCCUCUUCACAUUACCUCUGUCUAUCUGGCUAUGUGUUAAGAUUGUGCGUGAAUAUGAGCGCGCAGUUAUUUUCCGCCUGGGACGCCUCCUGCCAGGACGAGCAAAGGGACCAGGUCUCUUCUUUUAUCUUCCUUGUUUGGACAAGUGCCACAAACUGGACUUGCGUCUAAAGACAUUUGAGGUUCCAUUUCAUCAGAUUGUGACUAAGGACCUUAUAACAUUGGAGAUUGAUGCUGUCUGCUACUACCGAUUAGAAAACCCUUCUCUUUUCAUGACCAACGUGAGCACUACAUCCACUGCUCUCCAACUCCUGGUCCAAACUACAAUGAAACGCCUUCUGGCACAUAAAGCAUUUUUGGAUAUCUUGUUGGAGAGAAAGACCAUUGGAGAAGAAGUAAAGGUGGCAUUGGAUGCAGUGACUUGUAACUGGGGGAUCAAAAUGGAGAGAGCUGAAAUUAAGGACGUGAAGCUCCCUGAGGAGGUUAAACAGUCACUGGCCGUGGAAGCAGAAGCCCAGAGACAAGCCAAAGUGAAGGUAAUUGCUGCAGAAAAUGAAAAAGCUGUGUCUGAGUCUCUUAAAUUGGCAGCUGAAACCUUAGCUGGAUCCCCUACAGCCAUUCAGCUCCGAUACCUUCACACGCUGCAAUGCAUGACAUCUGAGAGGCCACCUACCUUCUUUUUACCUUUGCCUUUUGAUCUGAUGAACUUAAACCCUAUGUCCAAACUGCAAGAAAGCAGCGGAACUUCAAACCCACCCAAGUCAGAUGCUGAAGCUGAACAAGGCAAAAAGAAUGACUCUCCAAUGCUUUAAAUGUAAUAAAAUAAUACUUUACUCAGAUAUAUGCAGUUAAAUACCAUAAAAGCAUGUUUGUAUCUUCUGUCUAAAGGAUGGAUUGGGAUUAUUU